AUUUUUUUAAUCUGAAAAAAAUCCAGAAAUUUAUCUAAAUAACAGUUUUGAAUAUGAAUCUUACAGCAAACAUGAUGAGAAAUACGUGGUUGGUUUUUUUUCUAACUUUUCGACUGGAGAUUGUUUUAUCAGCUGCGUGCACCAACAACAAUGAAGUUGGAGAAGAUAACCCGAAAAACGAAGAUAUCGACACAAAUUCAGGUUAUGCGUACCUGGUGUGUGCCACAUCCGGAAGAUUCGCAUUUGAUUGUUGCGGAAGCAUCACAAGAUUCGAAUACUACGCACAAGCUACAGGAACCAUAGUUCUGCAGGUCUGGAGGCCCAUGGGCGGGAACACGUAUAAGCUCGUUGGUAGUGUCACCCACACAGCAGGUGCUACAGGUGAUCAAUCAGUGCCGGCAGUAUUUCAAGUCGACCAGAAUGACUGCAUCGGAUGGUACACGUCGUCGACGGACAUGGUCCCUUCUAAGAACGACGGUGGCGCUCCGGACACGAUCUAUAUCACAUCAGCCCCAACCAACAACGUUGGAGAUACUCAAGUCUUCUCCGGUGGGGGAACUGUAACAAACGAGCGUUUUCAAAUAAAUGUGCAGCAAAACGUCCCAAAUGCUACAGUAGCUCAACCGGUUACGUACGACGCCGGAAACCAAAACAUCCCCGACACGACGGCGGCCAGUGCAAGCGUCGGUACAGUGACGUUCACGGAUUUAGACGUUGCAGACACCAUCACUAUCACCAUGGCGGCAAAUAAUUACUUUGCAAUGGUUAAUAACGGGGAUGGAACAGCUUCCGUGACGUUAACUGCUGAUGCGAACUACCCGAUCAACGAUGUGUCAGGAACUACCCAGACAUUGACCUUCACCGCCACGGAUUCGUGUGGGAGCACCGCCACCACAACCAUGCCUGUAACAAUUAUUAAUCUGCCUCCGACUCUGACUGGACUGGUACCCGGCCAGACAGAAUCAGAGACAGUUGGCUCAGAGAGACAAGUGAUGACGUACACAUGCUCAGACACCAUCGAUGACGUCACUGGAACGAUAACAGUCAGUCCAAGCACCACGCCCGAAUUCUUUUUUUCAAGGUUUCUCUCUGGAACUAAUAAUAAUGCAGUGUACGAGAUCUACCUCCCUGCUCAAAGUACUACCCACCAGUUUGACGCAGAUUCCGUCUCUCAGUACACCAUCACGGUGACGUGUGAUGACGGGAAAACACUCGGCACCGAUACUGGCACAACCGUCAUUAGUCUGAGCGCCAAUCAGCCACCAUCAAUUACCAAUUUACCAGCUCCUACGUCUAUCGACGUUUCUCAGACUGUGACAAACGGUUCGAUCGUGUUUACAGUCCUCUUCACGGACCCAGAUACAGAUGAUACGAUUGACUUUACUUGGUCAUGUACACCAACAAACUGUCCCUUCUACUUUUUGGACUCCGGCGCUAUGCAGACCAUCCAGAAUAUGGCGGACGCCAACUCCAACGGUUAUGACAUCAUUAUCACACCAGUCGACAACAGAGGGAACUUAGGCGUCUCUCGCACAUUGACGGUGGUUGUGACAGACAUAAACAGCUCACCGACGUUUUCAAACUUGCCCAUUGACGUACCAAUUGACGAGAACAUUGCAAUCGGAACUUCUAUUUUCACCGUAUCGUUUACGGACCCCGAUGUCGCCGACACGCACACGUUUUCUUUCGGAACCUCAUCGUACUUCGAAAUGGCAGACACUUCAACUGGCGUUAUUACAACUAAAGCGGUAGUCGACUACGAAGCGUUGCCACAAACGUCGUUCCCUAUACAAGUGACUGUAACUGACGGUAUAAAGACGGCCACCGACACUGUGACCAUCAACGUUAAUGAUCUCAACGAGCCCCUCGUAUGGAACUCCGCAACAUAUCGAACAGACGUUGCUGACGGCGCGGCGGUUGGUACAGCGAUAGCUAACCCAGGAUUUAACAUUACGGACGAAGACCCAGGGGAUACUUACACCUGCCGUAUGGAUUGCGGAGCAGCGGACGGUUAUUUCAACCUGUUGACGAAUUGUGCGUCCACUUCCGCGUUGGCGGUGACGUCCGUAUACAGUCUGGACAACACGGGACUCGGGACGUCUGUGGUCUGCACGGUUACCGCCGUGGACACGGGAUCCCACACUGCGACCACAACACUCAGCAUCACAAUCGACGAUGCCGACAACUACACACCUGCGUUCACGUACACCAACAACGUGUUUACUCUUUCUGCGUACACGGCAAGUGGCGUUGUGGUCGGCACGGUAACUGCAACUGACGAGGAUACUGGAACCUUUGGACAGUUCACAUACUCGAUGGAUACGUCGUCCCUGCCGGAUAGUUACUUUGCGAUGGACUCUGCAACCGGGACCAUAUCGACGGUGGUUGACUUGUUAACCACGUGUAACUGUUCUAGCACUUCUUUCGUUAUGCCGAUAACGGCGGAAGACCAGGGAGGGUUGGUUGGCUCCGCACAAGUCACCAUCUAUAUCACGGAUGCGACAACAACACACACGACAACCACUACUGACAGGUACCGAACAUUCUUUGAGGAUACAAAGAACAUUGCGUGGUUUUCGGUUGCCAUGGCGCUGUGUGCUGUGAUAGCUGCGGUUACUACCUUCGUAAUGAUUCGUUAUGUCUGCAACGGGCCGCCACUUUGUCGCUUCAGAACAGGAUCCAAAUUUUAUCGGAGGCAGCUGGACACACCCCCUCGUCCUUUGACACCACGUCGACCGCCUCCACCGAAACAAGAGCCACAUCAGUCAAUUCGGCGAUGUCCUCCUCCCAAAGGUUUUCAGUUUUGGAGGAGCCAAAGAAUUGGACAGUAGACGAUCGAUCCCGUUUGAUGUGGACGAAUAUUGUUUCAUGUUUAAAGGCGCGCAAUAUAGGUUCAGCCACAUGACACACAUGAUAUAUAAAAAAGUAUUUAAAAAUAUUAACCCGUAUAAUUUCUGUUGUUGUUUUUUUAAAUAAUUGCUACAUUGCCACAUGUUGUUUUAAAAGCGCCAUCAUAUCGCUAAUAUUUGUAUCUGUGCAUAAACCGUAUGCCUUAUUUUGUUUUAAUAAGUCAAAUGAGCUAAACAUAAUAACCUAUAUUGUGUUAAACAUAAUAACCUAUAUUGUGUUAAACAUAAUAACCUAUAUUGUGUUAAACAUAAUAACCUAUAUUGUGUUAAACAUAAUAACCUAUAUUGUGUUAAACAUAAUAACCUAUAUUGUGCUAAACAUAAUAACCUAUAUUGUGUUAGACAUAAUAACCUAUAUUGUGUUAAACAUAAUAACCUAUAUUGUGUUAAACAUAAUGAUGUGUUAAACAUAAUAACCUAUAUUGUGUUAAACAUAAUAACCUAUAUUGUGCUAAACAUAAUAACCUAUAUUGUGUGCCAUUUAAUAUUUCAUGUUUCAAACUUUUUGACAUAAUCAAUUUAGCUUGUACCCAUACUGGUUUAUUACUUCCCAAAUCGAUAUAAAGGUUUGAUGUUUUUGUUAUUUGUAAUUUGGUACCUCCUCUGUUUAUCUGUAUAUGUUAUGUUCCAUGAUAUCAACUAUUAUUCCCAUUCGAUGAUGGUCUUUAAUGUUCUCUCAUACAUAUCCAUGUCGUGUUGUUCAUUGAUACGUGUUUACCCUUCCUUCAUAGACAUUUAAAUCAUUGACGUAUGUUUUUAUAUUAGAUUCUUAUGAAAGAUCCUUUGGCCCAGACAGACAUGAAUUGAAUCUAUUGCAAAAUGCCUACAUGUAGUGUUAAAGCCAGAUCAAUCGAAUAGAAAAGUGGUGUCAACGAACUUCAGAUCAGGUAUGGAUCGUGCAUCAGUCGAGCGUCACGCUUGUAGAUAAUAAAGCAAUUCCCUUUAGCGUUAGAUAAAUCAAUAUCGUCAAUAAAAAAUAAAACAUA